AUGGCUUCAUACGAUUCCGAUUCCUCGGACGGCGGCGAGUUUGAGGAGACGAACGUCCUUCUGGGGUAUGCCUCCAAGGAUGCCGAGGAAGACACCAUCAGCAAACUCGGUGGCCAUCCUGAAUGGCUAGACCCCGAGAGCGCACCCAGCUCAGCCUAUGCACGAUGCAAGGUCUGCAAGGACCUCAUGGCCCUGAUCCUUCAGCUUAACGGCGAACUACCUGAGCGAUUCCCCGAGCACGAGCGACGUCUAUAUGUCUUUGCCUGCCGUCGAGAGACCUGUCGGCGCAAGGAGGGCAGCAUUCGCGCCUUGCGUGGUGUGAGGGUAUGGAAGGAGGAGACGCCGAAGCAAGAGCCCAAGGAGGAGAAGAAGGAAGAGACAAAGGAACCAGAGAACAAGGGUCCCGGCCUGGGAGAGACGCUGUUUGGAGCCAAGGGUCUUGGAAGUGCCUCUGGCGCAAACCCCUUCUCCAGCGGCGGCGCGAAUCCCUUCAGCUCCUCAAGCAACCCCUUCAGCUCUGGAGCACCAGCGAACCCCUUCUCCUCCUCUUCACAGCCCGCAAAGCCUGCAUCACCAGAACCAGCCACCACCACACUCACAAAGACCUUUGCCGAGUCCCUCAACAUCAAGGACGCACCGGCAACACCUCCUCCCGCAGCUGAACCCUGGCCUGCGCUGGACGCCCGGGCAAAGCCUUAUCCCACCCUCUACCUCGCCGACGCAGACUACGAGACGCUCGACCCCACGCCCAGCAAGGUCCCGACCAACGCUCGACUCGAGGACGCUGAUGCUGCGGAGCCCUCUGUGCUGGAUCGCGAGGCCUUCGAGUCCUCCAUGGACGCCACCUUCCAGAAGUUUGCGGACCGUCUGGCACAGAACCCGGAUCAGGUUAUUCGUUAUGAGUUUGCGGGCACGCCGCUGCUGUACUCUAAGAAGGACGCUGUUGGCGAGGCUCUGACAAAGGGUGCUAUUCCUCGGUGCAGCAACUGUACCGCUAGGAGGGUGUUUGAGGUCCAACUGACACCAAAUGCUAUCGCUGAGCUGGAGGCGGAUGAUCUGAGCCUGGAGGGUAUGGAGUGGGGGACUAUCAUCGUGGGCGUGUGCGAGAAGGACUGCUCGCCGCGUGGCACGCCGGUGGGAGAGCCUGGAUAUGUAGAAGAGUGGGCUGGCGUACAGUGGGAGGAGUUGUCCAAGGGCAAGUAA